CUUCUCUCCCCCAAUUAUGAAAACAUCCUUAAAUCCGUAAAUCAGAGCAGCACUAAGACAAAACACACGCUCCGAACCGCCGCCGAUGCAGUAAGAAGAGAAGAGACACCCCUCAAACCCCAAUUCUCUGUUAGGAAUCGCUUUGCUUACUUCCGCUUCCAUCUUCUUCGUCAGAAAAAAAAACCCCCUUCCUUCUUACCGUAUAUGUUUUAAUUAUAAUAAGUCCUAAUGGAUCAUACUAGAGAAGAGGCUAACAGAGCUAGAGAGACUGCAAAGAAGAGGUUUCUAGCUAAUGACUAUCCCGGAGCGAGGAAAUUCGCGUUGAAGGCUCAGUUCUUGAACCCUGACCUCGAAGGUAUCGCCCCGAUGGUGGCUACUUUCGACGUCCACGUCUCUGCUCAGAACGUUAUACACGGGGAGGUGGACUACUACGGUAUACUCGGCGUGAACCCCGAGGCAGACGACGAGACGGUGAGGAGGCGUUACAGGAAGCUGGCUGUGAUGCUCCAUCCCGACAGGAACAAGUCUGUGGGAGCGGAGGAGGCCUUUAAGUUUCUCUCUCAGGCGUGGGGGGUGUUCUCGGAUAAAGGGAAGAGAGCUGAGUAUGAUUUGAGGAGGAGCUUGGGGUUGGUUGAAGGAAGAGGAGGAGGGGCUUCUUCUUCAACAAAGCAUGCGGACAAUGGGUUUCAGAAAGUUGCUAAAGUGAGUGUUGCUAAAGUGAAGAGUUCUUCCAAGAGAGUACCGAAGCGAGCAAGCGAUGCAUCUGCUUCUGGUACUCCUGCUGCUACUUCUGAUGGAACGUUUUGGACUGUGUGCCGCACUUGCAGAACGCAGUAUGAGUAUCACCGUGUUUAUUUGAACCAGAACCUCUUGUGUCCCAAUUGUCGUAAGCCUUUUAUAGCUGUGGAGACUGAUCCUCCAGGGUCGGGAUCGAUCCGCAAGACCUUUCACGAGCACCAGUUUGAGUCUAUUCGUCAGUCAACAACAGACGGGAGAAAGAGAAGUAGAGACAACAACAGCAACAACAACAACGGUGUGUAUGGUGGUGAGUAUGAUUCCUUCGAGUGGAGUGCUGUGAGCAGCACCGGAACCAAAAACGCUUCCGGGACGACAAGGAAAGACGAGGUUGUCCGUAGAGAGUACACGAGAAGGGUGGCUGGUGGUACUUCAACCACAAACGCUCCGAAAAGAAGAAAGGGUAUGGAGAAUAAUGCAGUGGCCGCAAGCUGUUUUGCUCCUCCCAAGUCCAACACUGUGAAAGAGUUUACUGAUGAUGAGUUGAUGAAUCUACUGAAGAAGAAAGCAAAGCCGAUACUCAGAAGAAAGCUGCAAGAGCUUGUGGCGGCUGAUGCAGGUUCUUCAGAAAACAAAAGUGUUAUUGGAUCAUCAUGCUCUGUUGUUGAGUAUACUUCUGGUACUGUUAAAGAUUUGGAUCCUUUAGAAGUCACCGAUCCAGAUUUUUGUGACUUCAACAAGGAUCGAACUGAGAAGUCAUUUAGUGAUAACCAGAUAUGGGCUUGUUACGACUCUUUAGAUGGGAUGCCUCGAGGUUAUGUCAUGAUAGACAAGGUUAUCUCCGUAGAUCCGUUUAAAGUGUGUGUCAUUCAGAUCACUUCAGAGACAAACAGUGAGCUUAGGUCAACAAAGUGGCUCGGCUUCGGUGUUUCAAAAGCUUGUGGAGAUUUCAGAGCUGGGAAAACUCAAAUCUGCAGGUCGCCUUACAUUUUCUCACACAAAGUGGAGCUGGUCAAAGGCAAUCACGGAGAGUUUCUUAUAUAUCCUAGAAGAGGCGAUGUAUGGGCUCUGUAUAGGAACUGGUCCCAUGAGUGGAACUAUCUUACAGGAGGGGAAGCGAUAGAGUAUGAUGUGGUCGAAGUAGUUGAAGGGUAUACAGAGGAGUAUGGUGUUUCAGUGGUUCCUUUGAUGAAAGUUGCUGGUUUCAAAUCAGUGUUUCACCAUCAUUUGGAUCCCAAAGAUGUCAGAAGGAUCUCGAGGGAUGAGUUAUCAAGAUUCUCUCAUCGGAUACCAUCUUACUUGCUCACAGGUAGAGAAGCGCCCGGUGCACCCAGAGGUUGCGUACAACUCGACCCAGCAGCAACACCAUCACAUCUUCUUCAAGUUAUAGAUAUGUGAUUGUAAGACUUAUUGUAUCCUUUGGUAAUGUAGUUUACCUAUAACAACGAACCGUAUGAUGUUUUGUUUCUAAUUUAUCGGUGACAGAGUGCUGGUCCUAAUGACA